AUGGACUUUUCCAGAUUGACCACGCGGGACAUCAACGUCCUCGAAAAGAUUAAGGACCCCGAGGCGAACCCCGCCGCCGGCGUCGUCACGGACCCCUCCUUGCCCCGCGAUCCGCACCUCACCGACUCGACCGUCUAUGACCGCCUCGUCCAGAGGGAGCGCGCCAUCAUCCAGACCAUUCAGCAAGUCGAAAAGGAGCUGAACGAGUCUCACGCCGAAGACGCCGAUGAUACGGCCAUCAGUGGAUACAAGAAAUGCAUUUCCGAGCUAGAUGGCCUGAUAGCCGACCACCCCGACUAUGCCAGCGCGAGAAACAACCGCGCCCAGGCAAUCCGCCGUCUCUACGGCGAUGCCAUGCUCCUCGAGGUCACCACGGGCAUGCCCAUGCCCUUGAUCCACGAGCCGGAGCCCACGGAGCGGAGACAAGCAGCCCUGACUGCUCUCCAAGAUAUGGACCGCUCCAUCGCCCUGCUCUCCCCCGCCACCCUGCAGACGCCUCUCUCGCCGCAGGCGGCGAGGACCCUGUCCAUGGCGCACACCCAGCGCGCCGCAGUGUACCUGCGGACGUCCAAGCUGCUGUCCGACCGGCUGCUGGACGUCGAUCAAAGCCGUCCGGAAUCCGGCUGGGCCAAGCUGAACUUUGAGGAGGCUGCUUCCAGGGACUUGGCGUACGGCGGCCGGUACGGCAACCAGAUCGCCAAGAGCCUGGCUGUGAGCGUCAACCCCACGGCGAAGCUCUGCGGGCAGAUUGUUCGCGAGGCCAUGAAGAAGGAGUAUGGGCCGUCGUUUGAGUAUUGA